AUGGCUCCAAUCGCAGCGACAAUGACCACCUCCAUGGCUCUCUUCCUUCUGACCAUCCUCGUUGCUUUCCCUGUCGUAUCGGCCCAUCCCAGCAACGCCACCAGUCCCAGCUUCGACAUCUGCGAGUGGAAGGACGCGAUGCCACUUCUGUACCAUGAGUACGGCACGGUGCAAUGCCCAUGCCUCUUCUAUCUCCUGGAGAAUGGAGAGUGUGAGCGGAAGUCCUGGAUCAGUGGGUGCUCCAGUUUCUGUCAGGUCCGGACGACUUUCUACCAUGGCGAGGAGCAGCCGUACGUGCGUGUGCCUGUGUGUCGUGGCGGUCUCACUUGUACUUUGUCGGAGUCUGUCCACCAGAACUACGCAUGGAAGGCAAAGCUGAACUUCAACGUCAAGAUUCAAGUACUUACUGCAGGCAUCACGCAAGGCUACAGCACGAAGUCCGGCAUCACGCAAGGCUACAAGUUCAGCAAGACUCUCCCCGACGGCGAAUGCGGCUACUUCACCUUCAUCCCAAUCUACAAAGGCACUUGCGGGAGCUCCACCGAGUGCUACGGCAGCCGGUGCAAUGACGACUGCUACACUCAAGGCAAUGUCUGCGUCGAGCAGCUGGUCGGCUACAACGCGCACGACGAUAUCCACGACUGGCGGCCCAUCCGGGGCAUCGUGGUCUUUGUCUAUGUCGACUGUCUCACCUUGGCUCCACUGCCGGACGAGAAGCAAGACCCGGCGUUCAGCCAACCAGGUGUUCGGCUGCCUCGCGACUAUCACCCCAUGAUCCGCGCGUAUGAGAAUCUGUGGAAGGCGUCGCUUCAAGGUCCCCUCACUGCCCAGGUCGAGACGCCUUACUGCGGAACCCGAAUGCCGGUGAAUGCGAGCAUGUGUUUUAUGGGUUGGUGUUUCUGCAUGUACUGGCUAGCUAUUAGUCUCACUCUUACAGCCGAGAUCCGCUGGCUGGUUGACUGGUAA